AUGCCGGUAUUGGCUGCCAUGGCGCAGGCGGUGGGAGACACAUUGGACUUUCACGUGAUCGGUCAGACCGAAGCCGGUAAUCAGAAAUUGCUGGAGACCUUUGCACCACCUUUCGAAAUCCUGGACGACAGCAGUCUGAAAGUAUCGUUUGCCAGCGACAUCGAUACCGUGCCGACACUGGUCUGGUCUGAUGCCCAAGGUGAACCCGCACAGACGCUGAUCGGCUUCGUUAAAGAGGAAUGGCUGGCUCUGAGCGAAACCCUGACGAAAUCAGAGGGUGUGGCUGCGCCGUCGCUCGACUGGCAGAGUUUGCCGGAUUGGCGGCCUGGAUGCGGUUCAUUGUCAGUGGAUCCACUGAUUGCUGACCGACUGCGGGCGGAAGCGGAGAAUUCGCCGUUACGAGCGCGCCGUAUAGACAUUGGCGUUGCCGACGACGAAGUUGAAUUCAUGUUUGACCAGGGGUUUUCUGACGGUCUGCCCCUGGUGCCGCCUACACCGGAACGCGUUAUGCGUAUGCUGGCGGGUACCCGGCGCGAUCCCCAGGAUGUGUUGGCGCAAAUGCCCCCCAAUAUGGGCGACGUGACUGUCGAAAAAGUUGCCAUCAAUGCGGUCAUGGCGGGCUGCAAACCGCAAUACAUGCCCGUCAUCAACACCAUCGUCCAAGCCAUCUGUACGGACGAAUACAAUAUUCACGGCGUCAUGGCGACAACCAUGGGUGCAAGUCCGGUGGUUGUGGUGAAUGGUCCAAUCCGUGAACGCAUCGGUAUGAACAUGGAACUGGGCGCACUCGGGCAGGGCAAUCGAGCCAACGCAACCAUCGGUCGCGCGGUGCGUUUGAUUAUCCGUAACGUAGGCGGCGCAAGACCCGGCGGUACCGAGCGCUCCACUUUAGGCAACCCGAUGAAAUUCACCAUGAGUUUUCCGGAGUGGGAGGAGCGCAGUCCUUGGGCACCUCUGCAUGUCGAACGCGGCUUUGCUGAACAGGAUUCUGUGGUUUCGGUGUUCACCAUGUCCAGUGGUCCUACCUUGAUUGUUGACCAGGAUUCCAGGACGGGUGCGGGCCUGGCGGGUACCAUGGGGCUGUGUUUAGAGUCCGCGUUUAACCCCAAAGCCCACUAUGCGACAGAUUGCCUGCUGGUGGUGGUGCCCGAACACGUCGACACCUUCGUCAGGGAUGGCUACAGCAAAGCUGACAUACGUGCCCGCAUCCAGGAGGUGACGGCUAAGCCGAUCCGUGAGUUGAUGGCUGAUGACAUUUCAGGGACGGGUUUUAAGCCGGAAAUGGUUGAGAAAAUGGGACCUGGCGCCAUGGAUAAAGUAAUGCCGAAGUUUCGCUCGGAGGACGAUAUUCAUAUCGUCGUAGCGGGAUCCCAGGCAGGCAAAUUUUCAGGGGCCUUUCACGGCUGGGCGACGGGAGAGAUUGGUAGUGUAGCGCUGCUGGAUAUCUCCAAACCGCGCGGUAAUGUGCUGAUCGAUCGCCUGGAAGAAGUGUUACAACAACGCCUGCCGAAGGUUGAGUUCAAGCGCUACGCCAAGCCCACAUUUACCAAACCCGCGCCAGAUGCAUUGCGCCAGCAGAUCCAGCAGGACAAUGACUUUGUCAUUGAGGAUGCUAAUGAUGAUGAGAUGCGCGCAAAGGCAGACAAAGUUGUCGAUCAGAUUAUCGCGACGAUCUGUCUUGUCGUCGUUGGCGUCAGCUGCGUUUUUGUUUUAGCAAAAGGCUCACCUCGCUUUUUAGCCGCCUAUCUGCCACUGGCUUGUGUCAGCGCAUUUGUUUAUUGCGCCGGCCAUCUGGCCAAUCGCAUUUUUCUGGACCCUCAGUCGCACGCGCUGGCGGUUUACGUGCUCUACGCAGGGCUUAUGGGUACAGUGACAUUCUGGUGGAUGUCGAUUUUGGAUGUUGCCCAACACUACCGCUAUGUGCCGACCAGAACGGCAAAAACUGUCCAACAGGUUUCGCUUGGCGCGAUGCUGUUGCUCCUGUUGGGAUUGAUCACAAACCCCUGGCACGGACAAUUUCUUAUUCCUAACCCGGCUGGUUUCAGCGAGUUCAAACUGCUUUGGUAUCUAAAUGCCGGGACGCUCUGGUUGUUUAUCGCUUCAGCCUGCCUGCUGGCGAUUUAUUGUGCGGGUAAAACUCAGGUUCGAGCGGACCGCGUGCAGAUGAUCCUGUUAGCCCUGGCAAUGCUCAUUCCAGGCCUGUUUAACGGAUUGUAUCUUUCGGGCGUGGCGAACAUUGAAGACGAUCCAACCGCCAUUGGUCUGGCAUUCAGUUCAACGGUGUUCAUUUAUGCCAUUUUCCGUGGUCAGCUUUAUGUGUUGUCAGGCGUACGCAUCGAUCAAUUCAUGGAUAAUCUCAAGCGUCCAGGCAUUCUUGUUGAUCGGAACUAUCGAUUGGUUUAUUUGAACAAUGCUGCCCGCUCAACCUUCGGUGAUCUGCCGAUUCACACCCAGGUGGGGCCUGUGCUUGCUGCCAAGUUGAUCUCGCCUUCAGGCGAAACAUUAACGCCGGAAAGAAUUGAUGCUUCGCCCAGCGACGUAUUGCUGGUAGUCGACCAGCCUGACGCGUGGAUUAGUAUCUCUGCGCAGCCUAUACGUAACGGGCAGAAGCAGAUCGGUUCCAUGUGGUUGUUUGAAGACGAAACCUCCAAGGUGCGCGCCUCCAGGCAAUUUGAAGCCGACAAGCGUUUAGAAAGCCUGCGCAUGAUGGCGGGUGGGAUUGCUCAUGAUUUUAAUAACCUGCUGCAGGGCGUGAUUGGUAACGCGGAACUGGUUGAGCUGAACCUGCAGGGAGAUGUGGCCCACGCAAAGCACCUGCUGACAAAUCUUAUUGGCGGGGCGCAGCGGGCAGCAGGUUUGUCACAGAAACUGCUGGCUUAUUCCGGCCGUGCACAGAUUAAGGUGGAAGCCGUUGAUCUCAAUGAACUUAUUGAAGAUGUUCUGGCAUUUAUGCAGAUUGAUCUUGCACCCAGUGUGCCUAUUGUUGUGGCUUUAUCAAAGCGACCGAUCCGGGUAGCCGUAGAUCCUGUGCAGGUGAACGAAAUUGUAUUCAAUCUGCUUACCAAUGCUUAUGAAGCAGCGCACGAACAACAGGCAUCAAUCUGGUUGCGCAGCGGACAGGUAGAGUUGGAUCGGGCCGCCAUCGACGCCUGUCAGAUUGCGACAACCGCUAUGCCCGGCAUAACUAUUUUGUUGUUUGACACCGAAAAUCGGCUGUACUUUGGCUAUUAUCUGAUUUGCGCGGCGUUCAUCGCGCAGUUCAUUUCAAUUGGCAUGUACAGCUAUGUGCUGGGUCCUUUCAUGAUCCCGAUGACCGAAGAUCUCGGUUGGAGUCGAGCCGAUUUCACGUUGACCCGAACCAUAGGUCAGCUGGUGAUGGCUACCGUCGGUGUUUUUGUUGGUGCUCGUGUCGAUAAAAUAGGCGGCAAGCCGAUCAUGCUGGUGGGGACAACCAUCUUAACGGCGGGUCUUGUCAGUCAUAGUUACAUUGAGCAGUUGUGGGUCUGGUGGCUUCUGAACGGUGUGAUUCUCACGGUGGGUUGCGCCAUGGUGGGCAACCUGGUCGUCAAUGUGACACUUUCCAAAUGGUUUGUGGUGAACCGUGGUAAAGCGAUUGCAUUUGCUGCUAUGGGGGUGUCUUUUGGUGGUGUGGUUUUAACACCGCUUGCAACCUGGCUUAUCGAUACUAUCGGCUGGCGUGACGCCUGGGUGUGGUUAGGGGCCAUGGCAGCGCUGUUUCUUUACCCGGUUGCGUUGUUCAUGCGACGUGCGCCUGAAGACCAUGGUCUACACCCUGAUGGGCUAAGUGAUGCACAGGUCGCCGCGGGCGCCAGCCAGCGGGCGUUGGAUGAAGAAGCGCGUGCUUACACUCGACAUCAGGCGUUGCGUACUUUUUCUUUUUACGCCCUGGUCAUUGCAUUCGGCUUUUUCUCCAUCAAUAUUGUUGUAUUGCUGCUGCAAACGGUUCCCUAUCUGACGGACAGUGGUUUCAGUCGCAACGAUGCGGCCCUGGCGAUGUUGAUAGCAUCGGUGCCAGCUAUGCUGUCCAAACCUGUCUGGGGUUAUCUGAUUGAUCUCAGUCCCGUUAAACCGUUGGCGGCUAUUUCCGCGUCAGUAACCGGUAUAGCGCUGUUUCUAAUUGUGUUUGCGGUGGGCAGCCAUCAGCUGUUCUGGGUCUAUGCAGCUUACGUGGUUCUGGGUCUGGGCUGGGGAGGCAUGAUCCCCAUGCAGGAAGUCAUCUGGGCGUCGUUUUUUGGUCGUCAACAUAUCGGUGCCAUCAGAGGGGCAGGCAUGCCUUUUGCGCUUGUACUUGGUGCUGCCGCCCCAUGGCUCGUAUCCUAUUAUUAUGAUCUUAUUGGCAGCUACGAUGGUGCGCUGCUGGUGGUGGCUGGACUGAACGUAUUUUCCGGGGUGCUGAUAUUUAUGGUGCCGCCGCCGACUAAAAUGGGUGUUGGCGCGUUUAUCAGUGGUGUUGAUCUGUCUGAGUUCGAUGACGCCAGCUUGAUUGAGCUGAAAAAAGCAUUUGCGGAAUACGGUGUGCUGUUCUUUCGCGAUCAGCAGCUUGAUGAAAGCAAACACAUUGCCUUAGCCAGGCGUUGGGGUGAGAUCAACAUCAACAGGUUUUUCACCCCGGUUCCCGGUUACCCAGAAAUAGCGCAGGUACUUAAAGAACCUGAACAGACCGCUAAUAUAGGUGGUGGCUGGCACACUGACCACUCUUACGAUCAGGAGCCAGCGCUGGGUUCUAUGCUCUACGCAAAAGAGGUGCCACCGGCAGGUGGCGAUACACUUUUUGCAAACUGCGCCGCUGCCUAUGAGGCUUUGUCUCCCGGUAUGCGCGCAACACUGGCUGGUUUGCGUGCGGUACAUUCGUCGCGUCACGUUUUUGGUGAAAGUUCAUCUUACUCAAAUGAAAUGUCGGGACGACUGGGAAAUGCUGAAGCAGCAACACAGGAUGCGGUCCACCCGGUGGUGAUCAAACAUCCACUAUCGGGUCGAAAAACGUUAUACGUAAAUCCUGCAUUUACGCUGCACUUCGAAGGUUGGACGGCGGUUGAGUCCAUGCCGCUUUUACAGCAGCUGUAUAAUCACAUGAUGCGCGCUGAGUUCACUUACCGUCUGCAGUGGGCGCCUGGCACCCUGGCUUUCUGGGAUAAUCGUGCAACCUGGCACUAUGCGCUGAAUGACUAUCAGGGUGAGCGUCGGCUGAUGCACAGAAUUACCCUGGAUGGCGGGCGAAUUGCAGCUUAG